AUGGCAAAACAAAUGCAAAAUUCCAUCAGAAAUUCAAUCGUUUCGACUACUAUUAAAAUUUCCAAAGAUAUUGAAGUUGGCAGAUUAAUUGGUCGUAAAGGACGUAACCUAAAACCCAUUGCUGAAAAGACUGGUACACAUAUACACAUAAUUGAAAAUACAAAUCCAAUAGAAAUUAAAAUUGAAAUAAUUAAAGAUAGAAUUGGAAAUAGUUCUCCUUGGGAGAGGAUUGAUGAAGCAAAAUUUCAAUUAAAUAAAUUACUAGAAGAUAUCGAGACAAAAAGUCAAAGAAAAGAUAUGGAAAAAGAGGAAAAAAAUGUUAGAAUUUCAGAUAAUGGUAACCAUCAACACGCAACACCAAGAAAUCAUAAAGAUAACGAUUCGAAGGAAAAAAGAAAAAGAUUUAACCGAAAAAUGUCGCAUACGACCAAAACACGACAAUCACGAAAUAAGGAAAAUGUCAAAAGAAAUGCUUAAUUCUUUUUUUUUCCCUUUUAAUUUUUAUUAUCAAUUAUCAAUUAUGCAUUUUUUUUUUUUUCAUUUUAUUAUCAUUCAAUUACGCAUUAUUUUUAUCAUUUAUUUUAUUCUUUAUUAUCAAUUAUGCAUUUUUUAGUUAUAGAAAUAAAUAUCCUUAUGUAACCUUUUUUUUUUUAAAAAAAAAAUAAAGG